GACUGUAAGCUUAGCCAGGCACUGGCAGAGUUAAGCUUGCUCAAUACAAAUAGGAGGCUGACUCACUCUUCCCUACUGCAUAGUUUGUUAUUUCUUUUAUUUAUAAAGAAAAUUCUUUGAAUUUCUGAAUAAGAAAAAAGAAAAGAGAUUAUAUUCUUACAUGUCAUCAGAUUCUUCACCAUCUCAAUCUGGUUCCUCAUCAGAUCCAAAAUCAAUCGCAGCCAAUGAAGCCGCUAUACCCGUCGCCACCAAAUCUUCAUCAGCGCCGCCGAUUGAGAUUCCUCUUUCAUGGCCUCCCGAUGGCAAUCUCACUCUCGAUUGGAUUCAAAAUUUCACCUCUGCCUUAGACUGGUCUUCUAGAAAUCUGUCUCCUUCGGAUUUCCCCUCCGUUUUGCCCGUUUCAGUCUUUGAUUCUCUCGUACUUACUGCUUCAAAGAUCCUUCACAAGGAACCCAAUUGUGUAAGAAUCGAGGAUUGCUGCUCUGUUCCUGAUUCCACCGUUGUUGUUGUAGGAGACGUUCAUGGCCAACUCCACGACCUUCUUUUUCUCUUCCAGAAUGCCGGAUUUCCUUGUGAUAAUCGCUUCUUUGUCUUCAAUGGCGAUUAUGUUGACCGUGGUGCUUGGGGUCUCGAAACCUUCUCGCUCUUGUUAGCUUGGAAGGUCUUUUUGCCACAAAGGGUGUAUCUCCUCCGUGGCAAUCACGAAUCCAAGUAUUGCACAUCUGUUUAUGGCUUCGAGAAGGAAGUUUUGGCAAAAUAUGAUGAUAAAGGUAAGCAUGUGUAUAGGAAGUGUUUGGGAUGCUUUGAAGGGCUUCCCUUGGCCUCUAUUAUUGCUGGCCAUGUAUAUACAGCUCAUGGAGGGCUUUUCCGCAGUGUCUCCAUUACCCCAUCAAAGAGAUCAAAAGGAAAGAAGAAUCGAAGAAUAAUUAUUAAUCCUGAGACGAUCCCUUUAUCUCUUGGUUCUUUUGAGGAAUUGUCUAAAGCUCGAAGAUCAGUUCUUGACCCUCCAUGGGAAGGUUCGAACCUGAUUCCCGGUGAUGUUUUAUGGUCUGAUCCAACAAUGAAACCUGGACUUUCACCGAAUAAAGAGAGAGGCAUUGGUCUAUUGUGGGGACCAGAUUGCACUGAAGAAUUUUUGAAAAAGUUCCAGCUAAAGCUAAUAAUCAGAUCACAUGAAGGUCCUGAUGCCAGAGAAAAGCGUUCUGGUCUUUCAGGAAUGGAUGAAGGUUACACCAUUGAUCAUGUUGUCGAGUCAGGAAAGCUAAUAACUGUAUUUAGUGCUCCAGACUAUCCACAAUUUCAGGCAACAGAGGAGAGAUACAAAAAUAAGGGGGCUUACAUAGUUUUAAAACCCCCUGGUUUUGACGAUCCACAGUUCCAUAGUUUUGAAGCAAUUACUCCUAGACCAGAGGUGAAUGCUUAUUAUGACUAUGAAGACGUGAUCGAUUCUGAUGAAGAGUUGGACCUGGCAUCGAUGGUAGCUGCAACAUAAGGACAUUAGCUGUUUAUAAUAUAGGAAAAUCAGCAUAUCUUUGAGUUGUAGAAUUAUUCUCUUUAUGAUUUUGUUGUGUGUUAAUUAUUUGUUGCUUCAAGUAAUUCCUUUUCUAGCUGGCCGUAAAUGUAAAAUAUUUUCUCUCUGUUCUCAUACAGAUCGAUUGUGAUAAAAUGUUCGCUUUUGAUAUGCAAUUUCAAAUCAAAAGGUCGCUUGUUUGUUUUUUCUUGGAUGCAUUUCCAAGGAGAAAGACAACUUUGGCAAAGUUUAUGAUUAGAUAUAAAGAAGGCAUAUUUCUUAGGAUGCA